AUGCCCGAAUACAAGAUACAACAAUUUCCCAAACCCAAAUCGGUUCUACUCCACUACGGGAUUUUCCGCAUAGUUUGGGAUUGGAUUCUGUUGGUGUUCACUUUCUACAUCGCUUUUAUGGUCCCAUACUAUGUGACUUUCGGACGUCGUGUUGUUCACAAUGAUACACGCAAACGAAUAGUGGAUCUGGUGGUCGAGGUGCUUCUCAUUGUCGACAUUGUGGUCAAUUUCAACACGACCUAUGUGAAUAAAAACGGUCAACUGGUACACGAUCGACGUCAACUGGCAGUUCACUACAUUCGAAGCUGGUUCGUGAUUGAUGCACUGGCUGCUCUCCCGGUGGACUUUAUGCUCACCGUAGUACAAACCAUUUGGAGUGGGGAUAUGGAACGGAGCUCAGGAUUUGUCUGGUCCAAAGGCCUUCUUGACAGUGUGAAUGGAACCGGAGAGGAGCAGGUAGAUUUAACUAACUACCAUUCGGUGCCGGGAUGGAAUGUGGUGACUCUGUUACAGGUAAUGAAACUGGCCAAAUUGUUACGGUUGGCGCGACUGUUUGAAAAUCUGGCCAGACUGUCACAACACAGCAUUGUGGUGCUCAGUUUGCUCAUGUUUACCUUCACCCUCGUUGCUCAUUGGUUCGCGUGCAUCUGGUACGUGAUUGGUGAAUCGGAUCAUUCCGAGGCAGGUUGGCUUCAAGAACUUGCACGAAGAUUGAAUUUCACCUAUCGAUGGAAUCAAACAGAGCCGCCCAACGAUGCGGCUCGCUAUUUCACUGCCCUGUACUUCACAUGCAGCAGUUUGACCUCGGUCGGGUUCGGUAACGUUUCUGCCAAUACAACAGAGGAGAAAAUCUUCGCCAUUUGCAUCAUGCUUCUUGGAGCUCUAAUGCAUGCCGCAGUUUUCGGCAACGUGACUGCUAUCAUCCAGCGCAUCUAUGCUCGCCGUACAGCGUUUCAAUCGCGCGCCCAGGACCUGAAAGAUUUCGUCCGAGUGCAUCACAUUCCCAAACAGCUGAAACGCCGAAUGGAAGAUUUCUUCCAAACUACUUGGGCCAUCAAUCGUGGAAUCGACCUGACCGAGGUUUUGUCCAUCUAUCCAGAAGAGUUGCGUCGUGACAUUGCGCUUCACCUGAACCGCGAGUUGCUCAGCAUGAAGACUAUUCGUUCACGCUGUGAUGUGAAAUCGCUUACUUACUGUGAUCUACAAAGCAUCGAGUUGGUUGUGUUGAAUGAGGUGCUUGCUCAGUACCCGCAAUUCAAAUCGGAGUUUGCCGCCUACCUCUACGAGGACUUGUCUUUCAACAUAGAAGAAGGAGCUCAAUUCAUGGACAGUGAUGCUGUUCUGGUACCCGCCAUUACACUUCAACUGACUCAAGACAAUUCCUCCUCACCAAAUACAACAGCUUCCACAAAACGGGCUUCGAAUUUUGACCAUCGUGCACACGGUUCAAAUCAGCUGGAACGAAUAAAAAAGGACUUGGUCCAAAUGGAAGCAGGUUUCUUGUCUACAAGAGAGAAAUAUGAAUCACCUGGUCAGGUAAGAGCAUCCGAUGUGUUCCCUACUGCCCGUUCCGCAUCCACAUCGUCCUCCGUUUCGUCCGCGUCCUGUUCACCUUUGCCAUCGGAUAUGGACGGAAUGCGCUUCUAUCCGCGACGACCGACAACCACGGAUGGUAACCGUAAUCGUUCAAAACGCGGCGAAAAACGGCGAGCCACAUUCUCCGAUCUGUUCACAGUGCUUCCAUCCCCGCGUAAUUGGGUCACAAUUGAGCGCAUGGAUAUCACAAACGCAUUCUCAUCGUACAAUAUCACAUUCAACAGAUGUCAGGCUAUCUGA